GCCGAGACACAACUUUGACCAUUAAUAUAUAUAAUUCUCUAUUAGUAAAAAAUUUUAAAAAAUCAGUUUUUGAAAAUUACAAUGAGACAAAUAUAAUAAUAUAUUUUUCAAAAAAUAUAUAUUAAUACAUCAAUAAAUAAAAUGCAGUCAAAGUAGAACAUGUGAAUAGUGCAAAAUUUCACAUGUUGCACUUAUUAAAGAACGGAGGUAGUACAUUCAUAAAUAAAAUGCAUUCCCUUGCCCCUGAAAAUUCUUCGCUAAGAAAAGUUAUACAUACAUUAAUAAAUUGAGUAGAUAAAUUAGAACCCUCAGUAAAAAAUCAACGUUGUCGUUGAAAAGAAAUUGAGGACCGUAAGUAUAUAGUUUGGUUCCGCCUAUUCCUCCUCUGAAAAAUUGAAAGUUUGAAACCAUGGCGCCUGAACCUAAAAAAAUUCGCCCUGUAGCAUCUUCGGACGAAGACGCAAAAUCUUACGCAACGUCUGAUGAAGACGAGAAGAUGUCCGAGCAUGAAGCAAUAAUUGAUCAGAAACCUGAAUCGUCUUUUGAAUCUGAGGAGUGCUCUGCGGAAUCCGAUUGCAGCACUGAAGAAGAGGACGAGGGAGAAACAACUCAAUCUUCUUCCGAAUCUGAGGAAUCUCAGGCCCCACCACCCGCAUCCGGCUUAGCCCUACUGUCCCGUGUUGCUUCCAAGACUACUUCGAAGCAACUAUCUUCAAGGCCAUCCGGAAAGCGUGCCUUGGAAGCCGAAAAGGAAGUUUCCCAGAAAAAGAAGCCUGGGGCUCAACGAAAGUGGAGCGAGAAGGAUGAGAUUGCCAUCCUCACGGAAAAGAUUCACUACGAAGCCCAAAGAGGGGCUAAUAAGGGUCGUUCUCCUCGCUUCUUCUAUGACUUCAUGAAAAAUAAAUGGAAUAUUUCUGUUUCGAGGACUAGCUUAACAGAUAAGCUUAGGAGGCUCAAAAAGGAUUUCUUAACCCUGUAUAAGAAAGGUGAUGUCCCUACUUUUGCUAGCCCUCACGAGUCUAAGCUUUAUCAACUUUCUGAAAAGAUUUGGGGCACUUCUAGUAAUGCCAAUUUUACUAGUGAUGCUGCUAAACCAAUUGCAAAAAAUGCCAAUGGGAAGGUAAAAAGGCUUGCUGAGGAAAGCGUCAUUAGCCACUCCAUGAAUGCAGUUGAAUCUGAAGAAGUGACUGAAAAGAAGAAGAAGAAGAAGAUUGCUCUUACAGACAAAGGGAACGAGAAGAAAAGGAAGCACAAGCCUGAUCCAGAGGAAAAAGAUGAACACGCUGCUCCUGUUGAAAAAGAUGAGAAAACUGCUGGUAAGGUUGAGCACAACCAUUCUGCCUCUAAGGAGAAAGACAGCCAUUCCGAUAAGAAGAAGAAAAAGAAGAGGAAAACUGCUCCAGAGGGAAAAGAUGAACGAACUGCUGCUGUUGAAAAAGAUAAGCAAACUGCAGGUAAGGUUGAAGGCAGCCAUUCUGCCUCUAAGGAAAAAGACAGCCAGACAGAUGAGAAUAAAAAGAAAAAGAAAAAGAAGACUGGUCAAGAGGGAAAAGAUGACCAAACUGCUGUUUCUGAAAAAGAUAAGCACACUGCCAGUAAGGGUAAAGACAACCAGACUGAUGAGAUGGAAAAGAAAAAGCCACAGAAGACUGCUCCAGAGGAAAAAGAAGAGCAAACUGAUGUAGAAAAAUAUAAACAGGCUGCUGAUAUGGGUAACGACAACCAUUCUGCCUCGGAGGAAAAAUACAGUGAGGCUGGUUGCUAUGAGGUAAAUGAUGGAAAAGGUGAAGCAAAUCAUGGUGAAGCAAAGAAUGAAGAAGGGGAUUUUCAGUACAAAUACCCUUACUUGUUUAAAUCUUUCAACAAGAAAAACUAUCCAAAGAGUGGUCAGGAGACAUUGGAUAUGUUGAAGAAAAAUGUGUUUCUGAUUGAUAGUUUCAAAGCCGCUGAGCUUGAGGAGAUGUGGAUCAAGCUAUGGGAACAAAAGGUUGAGUGCUGCGUGAAGUUGGGAGAUAUGUUAGCACUGCAGGCCAGAUUUAUGCUUGAUGCUAUGAAGAGGUAAUUGUGAACAUUGCCACGUCUGAUUGAUGUAUGAUAUGUAGCAUAUUUUUUUGCACUUUUGAAAACUAAACUUGGGAUUUUGCUGCUCUUAGACUGCUAAUAUUGAUGCUACUAUUAAGAUGAAUGCCUUUAUGAAUGCACAGAAUGUGAUAUUGUGCUUAAAAAGUUGUACAUUAUUGCUAAAAACGCAGCCUUAUUUUUCAUGUGACUUGUUUACUCUUUAAUAUCCCACUUUGAAACUCCUCUACCGUAUCUUCAUUGAUAUGGCUGAAAGGCAUGUUCUGCACAAAUGGCAGCAGAAGGCCAGAGCCUGGAACAUUUGAAUCGCCGCCUUCGCCUAAUUUUCAUGAAUAUAGUGGCUAUAAAUCAUAGGUUACAUCUCUGGUCUCCAGAGCAACCUAUCUCAGGCAAUUUGAAUUUCAUCCUCAUAUUAGCAGCAUGUUUUCAUUCUAUAAUUAUCUCAUUAAAGACUAUUAAUCCAAAUGGGUGGAUUCCAUUACAAACUUGAGGAAAUAGAUAAGUGUCAAUAAUCUUGUGGAAAGAAUUGGUUGCCAGGGAUAUCUCAGCAUGUAUAGUUUCAUGCUCACAAUCAUUUUUGUUUCAAUUCGAAGUGUUUAUAGAUUAUCUUUUCUUGAAUAUUGAAUUAUAUUGUUUGCAAGAUAGUAUUAGUAAAACUCAGAGUUGAAACAAGCUCAAUGUGUCUAGAGAUGCAUCUCUUUGGUUAAUGAACAAAUAAAAUCACCCAUUAUUUUUAUAUUUGGUAUGGGCUCUUGCACUUUGGGCAUAUAAAAUUAUAAACGAUUACAUGAGUAAAGUCUUUAUUAAGGAGCAUGCCGGGAUUUGAGUUAGAGCCUUCAGAGUUUUUGACAGGGGUAAAAUCUGCUACAUAUCAAUAAUAUCAUACUAAAUUGAUUUUGAAUGCACUUAAUAGCUAAAUGGAAGUUUCCAAAAAGAUAUUGAUAUGGAGUAUAUGAGUAUGCAGUAUCCUGGCGUAUAUAGAACGGUGUGUUUUCCGUCCAUAUUCAAACAACGUUUUGAAUGAACGGUGUGUUUUCCGUCCAUGCUUGGGGAUAGAGACAUAGAGUAAUCAAUUCUUUUGGUUUUGAUGUGAUUGACAAGUGGAAAGGAAAUAAGUAAAUAACUAAUCCGUUGUCAAAAGACUCAAAACAUUGCAUCACGUUUAAUCAAAAUCAUUUAACUUAGAACAUUGUUUUACAUUAUAAUAUUUGCAAAUUGAACUUUUUAAACUUUAAAAUUGAAAGAAUGGCAGCAAUAUUAGUUAGGGAGUUUGAAUGGACAAAUAUAUGAUCCCUUUUAUACUUGACAAAAAAGUGACCCAAGUCUAAUAUCCCCAUUCUUGUUUGCCGUUCGUAGUCAAGACUUCUGCCAUCUAUCUGCUUCUCUCCUUCGGCUCUGCAUCGUUCUUCUUCUCCUACACGAUCUAUCUACCAUCUAUCUGCGCUUUCUCUCUGCUUCUCCUUCUCUCUUCAUUGCUCUUGCCUUCUCUGCUCACGACGUCCCCCGCAUUAUCCUUCUUCUCCGACAUGACCUCUCCAUCAGUGACGCUCUUUGUUGAUGAAUCGUGCAGCUCUCCCCUGUUGCAACAAAGAAGAAGACCUUUCUCUCAAUGCACGUCUUCAUCUUUCUUCUUCGCAUCUAAUUUCUAGGGUUUCGAAUUGCAAAACCGAACCCCCAAAUCAUCAUGAAACCCUAGAUUCAAAGCUGAGGGGGAAGGGGGAUGUUGGCGCAAAAGUGAGUUGCCAAAGAGCGAUAGAGGUUGGGGAAGGGGCUGAGCAGGCAGGGCAGGGGGUUGGGGGUUGGGGAGGGGCCUGGUGGGCUGGGGGGGCUGAUGUCACGAUUAGGUGGCGGCCGUUAUUGGUGAUGGUUGCCGGGGCUGGGUAUGGGGGUCAGAUUGUUGGCUGAUCGGUCGGAGGACUCGGAGCAACAAUUUCGCUGAGCAGAAACGAUCAUAAUGACAUGUUUUGCGAUGACAUGUCAUAGUGACACGAAAAACCGCACUGACGUGAAAAAUAUGGUUGAAGGGGGCGUUGGUGGUGGUGCAUAGUUGCAGGAAAAGGUUGCCAGAAAAUUUUCCGGUAGUUAUAGUGACAUUCAAAAGUGACAUAAAAAUUUGAUAGUGACGUAUAAUAGUGACAUGAAAAUCUUGCAUUGACAUAAAAAACAGUGACA